CUCGGUGCUAUUGUUUUCUUCUUGCCAGCGAAAAAACUGAAAAAUGUUCUGGAAAGAAUCUAUUGAGAUGUCCAAGAUCUUCAAAAUCUUGGAGUUAAGUAUAUGUUGUUGAGGAUAGCUCCUAUGGACUCCUCCAAAAAAGUAGGCAGAGCAUGAGCAGCAGUCAUAUCCCAGAUUUCCUUUAGGCAUCAAAAAGUAGUGAACGAACCCCUUCAAGUUUUUCUUGAGACAUGAAAAACGUUUCCCUGGCCAUGUUUUGUAUGCCCUAAAGUUAGUUAGGAGGAGGAGCAAAGUAAAGAUUUUGCUAGGUUUGUGCAAUCUCCAUUAUUAGAUUUGUGGUUAGGGAUAAAGAAAAGGAAGACCAAGUCAGCAAAGCCAUAAUGGUUCCCAAAGAAGAGGGGGAAACCGUUUGUUACCUGUAUUUGACAACCUUUGGAAACUUUGCAAACGGUCUUCCAGGCAAAUCUUGGUUGGUCCUAAAUCCUAAUCUCAUAAUAACCUCAAGCCAGAAAUAAAAGAAAAUUUUGUUGGUCAGUUCUUGCUUUUGCCACCUCUUCCUUUCCCUUCCUCCUCGUUAGGCUCUAGAUUAAGAACUGGAAGAUGAUCACCAAAAAAAAAAAAAAACGCUAAAAAACUAGUGCAUUUGUAGAAGAACAGGAAUUGUUUUAUCCUGGCUUUAUAAGCAUUUUCCAGUAAUCCCACCAACAUAAAAGAAAUACAACCGCCCAAUAAUAGGAUUGGUUGUUGUAUUCUUCCAAGAUGAAUGAUUUGUUCUCGAGUUCGUUCAAGAAGUACACUGACCUCAAGCAGCAGGCUCAAAUUGAUGACAUGGAGGCAGGGAAGGACGGUAUGAAUCUGGACAGAUUCUUUGAAGAUGUCGAAAAUAUUAAGGGAGAUAUGAAAACUGUUGAGAGGCUGUACAGGAGUUUACAAGAAGCCAAUGAAGAAAGCAAGACUGUUCACAAUGCUAAGACCAUGAAAAAUCUCCGUUCGCGGAUGGACGUGGAUGUUGAACAAGUUCUGAAGCGCGUUAAAAUCAUCAAGGGAAAGCUUGAAGCCUUAGAUCGAUCCAAUGUAGCUCAUCGCAAUGUUCCAGGGUGUGGUCCAGGAUCAUCCACGGAUCGAACCAGGACAUCUGUGGUUAGUGGUUUGGGAAAAAAGCUCAAGGAUCUCAUGGAUAAUUUUCAGGACUUGAGAGCUAGAAUGGCAGCUGAAUACAAGGAAACUGUGGAGCGCAGGUAUUUCACAAUCACAGGAGAAAGAGCGAGUGACGAAACGAUUGAGAAUUUGAUAUCCAGUGGUGAAAGUGAAAGUUUCAUGCAAAAGGCAAUUCAGGAACAAGGAAGAGGCCAGAUUCUUGACACAAUAUCAGAAAUCCAAGAGAGACAUGAUGCUGUGAAGGAGAUAGAGAAGAAUUUGAUUGAGCUUCACCAGGUAUUCUUGGAUAUGGCUGCUCUUGUGGAAGCUCAGGGUCACCAGCUGAAUGAUAUUGAAAGUCAUGUUGCUCACGCUAGCUCGUUCGUGCGGCGAGGAACUGAGCAGCUUCAGGAAGCCAGGGAAUAUCAGAAGAGCUCUCGGAAGUGGACGUGCAUUGCCAUCAUAGCUGGUGUUGUCCUCAUUGUUGUCAUGCUACUACCAUUUUUACCACAUAUCUUGGCUCUCUUGUAGGAAUAACAGGGGGCGGAAUUUCUUUUUGAACUCUAGAAACACAUUUGAUUUAACCCCAACCGAAAAUUGUUAGUUGUAAGGUUAUCUUGGAAAGCUUGGGUUUAUUUUCCAAUGGUAGCAAUUUUGAUAUCUCCAGCAUAAGCACAACAGCAAGGAUGAUUGGUAAGUCUCUCCUCUGCGAGGCAUCCUAGAAGCACAUUUCUUGUUUGGCA